UUGUGGUUUGGUUUUAUAAUGAUCAUUUGGCUGCUAUUUGCCGUUUCUCUUGCUUCUCCUGGAGCUGCUAUUCUCUAUUCUCCAGCUCUCUAUUCAUGGGGCUACGACAGCACUCUGAAAUAUUCCUAUUAUGUGCAAAAGUGUGAAAUGAUUAUUGAAUUAGGCACCAUUUUGAUAUCUGCCGUCUUCUAUAUUUUUGUUAUCAUCAUUCUCUACAGCACUCGAAAACGUUUUCUAACUCAGUCGAACUGCAAAACCGAGUUGAAGGUGCUCAUACAGGCAAUUGUAAUCACGCUCUACUGCAUUGUGCUUAAUUUUCUAUGGCAUCAUUCUCAGAUGAUUCUCCCAUCAAACAUCUGGUCAUACAUGGCACUAAAUAUGAUGUGGAUUUUAAAUAGCGGAGUAUAUCCUUUGGUUUAUUUUAUUGUUAACAGAGAUGAUACUAACAUCCGUUUUCUCCUUACAAAAUACUGUUCCAGUGCUAUACGAGAAAGGCUUACAUCUCGGAAGUCUCGCUCACAAGUAGUAAGCGUGGUCGGUGGGGCAAUGCCGAGCACUUUCAGUAAGAAUACUAUUGGAUUGAUGAGACCAAAUGAAUCACAAUUCUAG